ACUUACCAUAGCCUAAUGCGGAGUAAAGGUUAAUUGGAUUCUCGAAGAACCGCCAAAAAAAAUUUCAUUUGUGGAAAACAAAAUUCUGUAUCCUCUACACUCUACGACUACAGCAUUUCUCUGCAAAUCGAAGAGUUCAUCGACGAUUAAGGUAGCAUCUCCGUUUCCAGGUACUUGUUCUCAAUUUUACAAUCAUGGUUUAUCUCAAUACUUUUGACAAUAAAACCCUAGUUCUUCAUGUAAACCCUAAUUCAACUACUUUAGGGAAUCUUCACCAGAUUAUUUUUGAUAGAUUAGGCCUCCCAAUUGAACGACAAUGUUUGUUAUCAUCAUCCAAAAGAUUAAUUGGGGAUUUUGAUUGUUUAAUUGCUGAUUUGGGUAUUCAAUUGAAUUCAACUUUAUCCCUGUAUAUCCCUUUUUGCGGAGGUAUGCAAGCUCCUGUGCAAUCAAAGAGUAAUCUUGAUUUUAUGUAUUUGAAACCACCAUCAAAUUAUGUUGCUGGGUUGGGUCGUGGAGCUACCGGGUUUACGACCCGGUCUGAUAUUGGGCCGUCUAGACCGGUUAUGGAUAUGCCUGACCGCUCUGCUGCUCCGAUUGGGAGUUCCGGGGCCGGGGCAGGGGCAGGGGAGGGGAAGGGAGCUGAUGAGGAGGGUGAUGAGGAGGAAGGGGAGGAUAAAGGGUAUGAUGAGAAUCAGAAUUUUGAUGAAUUUGAGGGGAAUGAUGUUGGUUUGUUUGCCUCGGCUGAGUACGAUGAGGACGAUAAGGAGGCGGAUGCGGUCUGGGAGGCUAUUGAUAAGAGGAUGGAUUCAAGGAGGAAGGAUAGGAGGGAGGCUAGAUUGAAGGAAGAGAUUGAGAAGUAUCGGGCUUCUAAUCCUAAGAUUACUGAGCAGUUUGCUGAUUUGAAGAGGAAGUUGCAUACUGUGACGGUGGAGGAGUGGGACAAUCUUCCUGAGAUUGGGGAUUAUUCAAUGAGGAAUAAGAAGAAGAGGUUUGAGAGUUUUGUGCCUGUGCCUGAUACACUUCUUGAGAAGGCUAGGCAGGAGAAAGAGCAUGUUACGGCCCUUGAUCCAAAGAGUAGGGGCGUUGGUGGAACAGAGACACCUUGGGCACAGACCCCUGUUACGGAUUUGACUGCCGUUGGUGAGGGUAGGGGUACGGUGUUAUCACUGAAGCUUGACAGGUUAUCUGAUUCUGUGUCAGGGCAGACGGUUGUUGAUCCUAAAGGGUAUUUGACUGAUCUUAAAAGUAUGAAGCUUACCAGUGAUGCAGAGAUUUCAGAUAUUAAGAAGGCUAGGCUGCUAUUAAAAUCUGUCAUACAAACCAAUCCAAAGCAUCCGCCUGGUUGGAUAGCAGCUGCAAGGCUAGAGGAGGUUGCUGGCAAGAUUAAAGAGGCUAGAUUGUUAAUUGAGAAGGGAUGUGAGGAGUGUCCCAAGAACGAGGAUGUUUGGCUGGAGGCCUGUCGUUUGGCAAACCCUGAUGACGCCAAGGCUGUGAUGGCUAGGGGAGUUAAAAUGAUUCCAACUUCUGUGAAGUUGUGGCUUCAGGCUGCUAAAUUGGAGCAAGAUCAUGUACAAAAGAGUAGGGUGCUAAGGAAGGGGCUUGAACAUAUAGCUAGUUCUGUGAGGCUGUGGAAGGCAGUUAUUGAGCUUGCUGAUGAGGAGCAAGCUAGCAUAUUACUUUAUAGGGCUGUGGAGUCCUGCCCCUUGCAAGUAGAAUUCUGGCUUGCUCUUGCUAGGCUGGAAACAUAUGAUACGGCAAAGAAAGUGCUAAACAGGGCCAGGUUGUAUCUCCCAAAAGAGUCAGCUAUUUGGAUUACUGCAGCAAAGUUGGAGGAAGCUAAUGGUAAUAUUACAAUGGUUGAGAAGAUCAUAGACAGGGGUAUCAGGGCCCUACAAAGAGAGGGAGUUGUCAUCAACAGAGAAGCUUGGAUGAAAGAAGCUGAGGCUGCUGAGCGUGCUGGGUCUGUUGUCACCUGCCAAGCUAUAAUUAAACACACUGUUGGUGUUGGGGUUGAGGAAGAAGAUAGGAAGAGAACAUGGGUAGCUGAUGCUGAAGAAUGCAAGAAGAGAGGGUCUGUUGAAACUGCAAGGGCUAUAUACGCUCAUGCUAUUUCUGUCUUCUUGACAAAGAAGAGUAUAUGGCUUAAAGCAGCACAACUGGAGAAGAGUCAUGGAACUAAGGAUUCUCUUGAUGCCUUGUUACGGAGAGCAGUUACUUAUGUGCCCCAAGCUGAAGUUCUUUGGCUUAUGGGUGCUAAAGAAAAAUGGAUUGCUGGUGAUGUGCCUGCUGCUCGAGCAAUCCUCCAGGAAGCUUAUGCAGCUAUUCCAAACUCUGAGGAGAUUUGGCUUGCUGCUUUCAAACUUGAAUUUGAAAACCAUGAACCUGAAAGGGCAAAAAUACUCCUUGCUAAGGCCCGAGAAAGAGGUGGCAGUGAAAGAGUAUGGAUGAAAUCCGCCAUUGCAGAGAGAGAACUUGGUAAUGUUGCAGAAGAGAAGAGGCUGCUUGAUGAAGGCCUGCAACGCUUCCCAUCAUUCUUCAAGUUGUGGUUGAUGCUUGGACAGCUUCAUGAACGGUGUGGAGAGCUAGAGAAGGCUAAAGAAGCUUAUGUAUCUGGUCAUAAAAACUGCCCACAAUGUAUUCCUCUAUGGCUUUCACUUGCAAAACUUGAAGAGAAGAUGACUGGACUGAGUAAAGCUCGAGCAAUUCUAACUAUGGCUAGGAAAAGGAAUCCUCAUAGCCCUGAUCUGUGGCUUGCUGCUGUUAGAGCUGAACUUAGGCACGGCAACAAGAAAGAGGCUGAUAACUUGUUGGCAAAGGCUCUACAAGAAUGUCCAAACAGUGGUAUAUUAUGGGCGACUCAAAUUGAGAUUGCUCCUCGCCCUCAACGUAAAGCGAAGAGCUCAGAUGCCCUUACUAAGUGUGAUCAGGAUCCCCAUGUCACUGCUGCUGUAGCCAAGCUGUUUUGGCAUGACCGGAAGGUGGACAAGGCAAGGAGCUGGCUCAACAGGGCAGUAACACUUGCUCCAGAUGUUGGAGAUUUCUGGGCUUUGUAUUACAAAUUUGAACUUCAGCAUGGAACUGAGGACUUGCAGAAGGAUGUGCUGAAACGUUGUGUUGCUGCAGAGCCUAAGCAUGGUGAGAAAUGGCAAUCUAUUUCAAAAGCAAUUGAGAAUGCUCACCAGCCUACUGAAGCAAUAUUAAAGAAACUUGUUAUUGCUCUUGGGAAGGAAGAAAAGGCUGCUGGAAACAAACAAGUCUGAUUUUGUUUCUUUGUAUUGCUGAUUCUAGUGUGCAUAUACCUGCGCUCUAGAAUUUAGUCUGAUCAUGUUUUUUGUGAAAUCUCAAUGUAUUUUGACUUGCACAUUAUCGUUUGUCCCUUUAAAGCUAUUCGAUGUAGUUUAGCCUUACAAUUUUGUGUUUCGAACUGUUUUGGAUGUUACUUAUCCUUGCAGCAUUAUUGUUGUAUAAAUGCUAGAUUUUACGAGAGCUAUUUUAUCCUCUAUGCAAGACAGUUUAGCUUCGA